CAUUGCGUUUGAGUUUCCGCCUCAAAACUACGAACUGAGCGAAAUCCCAAUCGCGAAACCCUAGAAACAAAAUUCCUUCGUUAAUCGAAUCAUAAAUCUCAUUCUCCGUCGUAAAGAUUCAACAACAACAACGAUGAACCUGCAAUUGAAAUCAUCCUGUUGCGGAUGCGGUGUAACCACCGGUCUCUACGGAAGCAAUUGCAAGCACAUGACUCUUUGUUCAACCUGCGGCAAAACCAUGGCGAAAAAUCGCUCUAAAUGCUCCACCUGUGGCACCACCCUCACUCGUUUGAUUCGAGAGUACAAUGUUCAUGCAAGUUCGGCCACUGAUAAGAAAUACUUUCUUGGGAGGUUUAUGAAUGGGUUGCCUGAUUUUUCAAAGAAGAAAAGUGCUAAAAAUAAGUGGUCUUUGAAGAAGGAUGGAUUGAAGGGUCGUCAAGUUACUGAUUCCACAAGGGAGAAGUACAAGAACAGGCCUUGGUUCUUGGAAGAUGAAACAGGUCAGUCCCAAUUUCAGGGUCAUCUAGAAGGUUCACAAUCAGCUACAUAUUACCUGCUUAUGAAGGGAAAGAAGUAGUUUAUUGCCAUUCCUGUUGGAUCCUGGUACAACUUUAACAAAGUUGCGCAGUAUAAGCAAUUAACUUUGGAGGAAGCAGAAGAGAAGAUGAAUAAUAGGAAAAAGACUGCUGAUGGAUAUCAAAGAUGGAUGAUGAAAGCAGCAAAUAAUGGUCCUGCUGCAUUUGGUGAACAUUGGAAGUUAGAUGACAAAGAAAGCAACGCAGGUGGUGGGAGAAGCCGUAAAAAAACUGGUGAUGAUGAUGAUGAAGGUCCUUCCUCUGAUAAAGGAGAGGAAGAUGAAGAUGAGGAAGUAGAUAAGAAGAAUAGACAUGGACUGAAUAAAAAAAGUGGCUAUGAUGACGAUGAAGGUCCAAGGGGAGGGGACCUUGAUGAUGAUGAUGAUGAUGAUUAUGAUGUUGAAAAGGGUGAUGAUUGGGAGCAUGAAGAGAUUUUCACUGAUGAUGAUGAAGCUCCUGGUAAUGAUCCUGAGGAAAGGGAAGAUUUGGAUCCUGAAAUCCCCGCUCCUCUUGAAAUCAAGCAGGAUGAUGAUGAUGAUGAGGAGGAGGAUGAAGAUAAUGACGAAGGGGGAGGUCUGAGUAAACCUGGGAAAGAGCUGAAGAAGUUGCUUGGGCGAACUGGUGGUCCGAGUGAAUCUGAUGAAGAGGAUGCUGAUGAUGACGAUGUUGAUGACGAGGAUGGUGUUCCUGCUAUAACUGCUACAAAGCAGAAGGAACCUAAGGAAGAACCUAUUGACAGCAGUCCUUCAAAACCUACAGCAACAGGACCUGCUCGUGGAACACCUACUUCAAAGGGGAAAAGAAAAGAAAAUGAGGAAGCAAAGUCAUCUAUUAGUGUACCAACUAAGAAGUUGAAGACAGAAAAUGCACCAAAAUCAUCUGGAAAAGAUGUAAAUGGAUCUACGUCCAAAAGUAAUGGACCUCCAAGAGGUACACCACCCCAGUCAUCAAACGCAGCUUCUGGACCUGUAACUGAGGAAGAAAUUAGGGCUGUUCUAAUGCAAAGCACUCCAUUAACCAUAAAGGAGCUUGCAGCUAAAUUUAAGGCAAGAUUAAAAUGUGAAGAGGAUAAGAAAGCUUUUGGUAAUAUGUAAUACCCAGUGAUUGAUUGUGUUGGAAGAUGCCAUGAUGAGUUUGGUAUCAAUUAUGGUGAGUUGUUGACCAUUUGAGUUUGCCAUUCUCGACAAAAGAGAUUCAGAGUGUUUUAUUGGAGAUGGAGAUGGUGUUACACUAAUGCAUUUGCAUAAACAGCUUAAACCAGUUAAUUUCUUGAAAAAAAGCAUGCAGUUUCUACCCCUAUACCCACAGUCUCUAAUAGUGCAAACCUCCUCGCUUUAAGAAGCAUAAGAACUGCUCAGAGUCAUGGAAUCAUUUCACAAUAGACAUAGAAAAGAAAUCUGCAUGCAACUAUUGUGAUGGAAAAUGAAGUAUGAUAAUGCAACUAGUUCUAUGUGUGUUCAUUUAACGAGAUUUUACAAUUUAAAGAAGCAAAUAUCUGUUCUUCAAUGACAAGGCGGAAGGACAUGUCUGUUCUUUAAUUGCCAAAUUGAUAUUAAAAAUCGGUUACAGUUGCUCUAUCUAAUCUUGCAUGAGGGGAUAUAAUGUAUCUUGUUGUCAUCACAUGUGGUUUUCUUAAAAGCAAUAUAAUAUUAAAUUAUACAUCAUUAAUGAUUUUGUUAAAUCUGUAGAGAUUAUAACUAAAAUGGCAGCAUCAAAUGGAGUUAGAAGUAUUUGGGCAUUUGUUUGCUCUGUUUUUGGGGUCACUGCAUUUGUUUUGAUUUGCUUGUCUUAAAAAGCUUGUUAAUUUUGCAUGUAACUGCAAUAGUUGUACCUUUGUUAAUUUCCUUUACCAUUGAAAGACUAUACCAGAA